AUGUCUGCCGGCAAGAAGUCCAAGACGCCGUAAGUUUUCGCGAUCCUUUAUCCUCAUUCGCAUAUAGCAUACACCCCGUGUGCUGUACGCGGGCGGCGGCGUUCUUUAUCGUUCGGUCGCCCUUCGAUGCGAUGUUCCGCAUGCCUCCGUUGCGGCUGGAUCACGGCCAACCCCGAUUUUUCCUAGAUGCCGAUCGCCCUGCCUCAUUGUUGUAUGAUGCACGUACUGACCGGUCUUCCAUUAUGCUGGACUCGAUUCUUACAGUCAGGAGUUCUUCCAAGAUUUCAUGAUGGGGUGAGUGACCAUUCUGGUUCUGGCACUGCCGCCACCAGCGAGUGACCCUCAGCCGGGGACACGCUCGAGGCGCCGCUCCAACCGCGUACUCGAAGUAGUUUGCGUGCGAGGUGACGACUUGCGCAGCCUCAUCGUUGCGGAAGUCGUCAUUGCAUCGUAGAACCCCCAGGCUCGCUGGUGGUGGACGAAGUGUGUCACCAGUACCACGAAUCUGACAUUGCCCUUGAUUGUUGCUCUUGCAGUGGUGUCUCGUACGUUUUUACCCCGAUCCGCGUCGCGCGAUGAGCAUGAGGCGGAGCCGAUGCCGCAUUCACGCCUCCGCCCGUCGUGCGGCGUCUCGCAGUCGUCUAGCCGCGUUCUCAUCAUUUUGGGUGUUUCGACAUUCACAGGGCCGCUGUCGCCAAGACCGCCGCUGCCCCCAUUGAGCGAAUCAAGCGUAAGUCACUACUCACAGUCAGCCGAAGGGUUUCCUGCACGGCCGGGAACCCUCGGUCUUGUCCUCCGCACCGAACGAGCAUGGACCGCACGAGGAACGGAGCGCUGACAUGGCAGUUGCGUCGUUGUCUUCCAAAAAUACAGUCUUGGUCCAGAACCAGGGUGAGAUGCUCAAGUCGGGCCGCCUCGACACCCCUUACAAGGGUAUCGUCGACUGCGCCAAGCGCACGUACGCCGAUGAGGGUCUCGUCUCUUGUGAGUAACUCACUGCUUCUGUAGUGGCUGCGGACUUGUGCGACCCUCGUCCCGGAUCUUUGGGAGCGAGGGGCACGGCGUGCACCGGUCGUUGAGCUGUUGCUGACUGCCCUGUGCCUUUUUCAUUUCGACAGUCUGGCGAGGAAACACCGCCAACGUCAUCCGUUACUUCCCUACCCAAGCCCUCAACUUGUGGGUCUUUUCCCAUGGACUCUCCACGCGUGCUCACGGGCCAGUGAACUGAUCCCUUUUCCUACCGGAUGCUACCCACAGCGCCUUCAAGGACUACUACAAGUCUUUGUUCUCGUACGACCAAAAGAGGGACGGUUACGCCAUGUGGAUGGUUGGUAACCUCGCCUCCGGUGGAGCCGCUGGUGCGACCUCGCUCUUGUUCGUCUACUCGCUCGACUACGCCCGAACCCGUCUCGCCGCCGACAACAAGUCGUCCAAGAAGGGCAGCACCGGCGAGCGCCAGUUCAACGGUCUCCUGGAUGUCUACAAGAAGACGCUCGCUACCGACGGUAUCGCCGGUCUCUACCGUGGCUUCCUCCCCUCCGUCGUCGGUAUCGUCGUGUACCGUGGUCUCUACUUCGGCAUGUACGACUCGCUCAAGCCCGUCGUGCUCACUGGUAGCCUCAAGGGCUCUUUCCUCGCCUCGUUCUUGCUCGGUUGGGGUGUCACCACCGGUGCCGGUAUCGCUUCGUACCCUCUCGAUACGAUCCGUCGUCGCAUGAUGAUGACCUCGGGCGAGAAGGUCCACUACAAGAACAUGGUCGACGCUGGUGCGCAAAUCAUCAAGGCCGAGGGUGUCGCUUCGCUCUUCAAGGGUGCCGGAGCCAACAUUCUCCGUGGUGUUGCCGGUGCUGGUGUCUUGUCCAUGUACGACAAGCUCCAAGAACUCAUCUUCGGCAAAGUCUACUCUGGUGGAUCCGCCUAA